CUCCGCUCCUCACAUUUGUUGCUUUUAUGAUGCCUUUCUUUAGCGAGUCUGCGUUCACUAUUGUUAACUUUGUCGCUGAGCGACUGAAAUAUGUUGGCUGGAUACCGAUGGUGGCUGCAUUUUUAACCCUGAGUCUGUCCUUGGACAAGGAACGACAGUUCACUCGCAUAGCAAAGAUUAGUCGCUUUGUCCACCCAGGUGUUGUUGUAUUUUAUAUUUCCUACUUUAUUCUCCAUCCGAAAGCAGGAUAUCUUUCGCUCAUACGUUCGUCAUAUUUUGUCCGCCCGCUUUUUUUAGCAUUCAUGAACCCUAUCUUCUGGUUGGUUAUCGGGGACCAUGCCAUUUCACUGAAUGUAAAGGCAUACUGUUCCCACCGACAGGCUAUUGAAGAAAAUAUCAAAAGCAAAGUCCUCCGUCAUAUCUGUCUCAGGGGGUUAGACUUUGGUGAAGCAUCUGGACCAUUUGGUACCGGGCUUUUGCUUGCAGUGUCGUUGGUAUUUCCAGUUGCAGAUAAGGGGUUGGAUGAGGGGUUCGGUAUCUAUAGUGCUAUUGCAGCUUCUUUUGUUGACCUAGUUAUUUUGGGGCUCAUUAUCUAUAUGAAUUAUACAAUUACCCAGAAGCGCAUUGCAAAGGAGUUUUCGGCAGAAGGUGGCAUGGGCGAGAAUAAAGCAGAGUUUGCGGAUGAGAAGGUACCCGCUCAAGCCCACAAGCAAGUCUAACUACAGUAUAAACAACGCGGACUCUCAUUAACUUCUUUGGUGGACAUUGUUAAAGUUAAUACCAAUUCCAUGUGGUAUC